AUGCUGGUGGCUUCGAGAGCGGGAUGGGGGCCCUCCUGGGCCCCCGGGAGUCUGUGCGGGUUGAAGGCGGCGCCCCAGCUGCUGUUUCUGUUGACGCUAUCUUUUCUCGUGGCUGCUCAUCGAGGCGUCGUGAGCGCUACAGAUGCAGAAGAAGGUUUACAGACGGAUCGUCGGGUAUAUUCGGAGGAGCAGAAGGCCAGGGCGGCUGCUGAUCAGAAGGCAGUUAUGGAUAGCGGGGCGGUUCCGCUGUCGGAAGCUUCGUACAGCGAGUUCAUGGCUGCGCAUCCCCUGGCCUUAGUUAUGUUCUACGCGCCAUGGUGCUACUGGUCGCGUUCAGCUCUGCCUGAACUGGAUGCAGCAGCGAAGCUGCUUUCGCAUCACUCGCCCCCGGUUGUCGGUGCAAAAGUCGACUGUACAGACAACGAAGACCUUUGCAACCAGGAGUACAUUCGGGAGUAUCCAACGAUCAGGCUAUACGUUGAGGGUGUAGGGCAUUUGUACGAAGGGAGGAGGUACGGCAAAGGCAACCUGGAAGACGGACACGUAGUGGUGGUAGCAGCCUUCCCUCCUGAUUACAACCGAGGCGGCUUUCAAUCAGUCGCACGGGCCUUUGGGGAGGAGGUUUUGUUUGGGGAUACCUCUGACCCCGAGCUGACAACGAGGUUGGUGGAUAAGCACGUCCUGCCGCGUCUCCCCAAGAAGGAACGCAACAACAGCGAGAUGUCUAGACAGCUAAAGCCUCCCUUUGUUGUGGUAUUUGCGCCUCACAAGGACGAGCCCGGCGUGCAUAUCUAUAAGGGUCCCGUGGGCGAGGUGAAGGAGCUGCGCUCUUUCGUUCGGCAGUGGCUGUUUCCUGUUGUUUCUUUGUUUGAUUCGGACAGCAUUGGCAGCAGCUUUUUCAGUGACUCGCGGCCCAAGUUUCUGCUGCUUCUGGAUUCAAACAAGCAAAAGGGGCAGCUGAAGGAGGUGGGUAGCGCCAAGCCGAAGGACCCACUGCUUGCUGCCUUCCGCGCGGUGGCUGAGAAGCACCGCAUCUCAGUUGCUGCUGCCGUUUCAGGGAACAGCAAGAAUUUCGAGAAGCAGCUACUGAACCUUCUGGGGAUCGAGGAUGAAACGCUGCCCCAAGUGCGAAUCAUGCAGGUUAGCCGCAACCAGGAGGGGCCCCAGCAACCGGCAAAGAAGUUCAGACCCUCCUCUCCUCUCCCUCCAGCGGAUGAAGGGAAGAAAGCUUUAGAAGAUAUGAUGGAUGCCUUUGUAUCGGGCGUGCUGGCGCAGACGCUGCCCCCCUAUUUCCGGUCUGAGACCCCUCCAGACACCCCGGAGCCCAAGGGCCGCGUGAGAACCCUGGUGGCAUCGACAUUUGCGACGGAAGUUCGCAAAGAAGCCAAUGUACUUGUAGAGUUUUAUGCCCCCUGGUGCGGGUUCUGUCGCAAGAUGGAACCCGCGUACAAGGAGCUAGCGAUGCGCGUCGCGGGGGUGUCAGGUCUGCUGAUCGCCCGGAUCGAUGCAACGCGAAAUGAAGUCGAAGGCGUCGCCAUCGCAGGAUACCCAACCCUUUACCUGUACAGAAGGGGGGAGAAAGAACCGCUCCUGUACGCGGGAGACAGAAGCACGCGAGACAUGCUCAAGUGGCUCAGUCUUCGUGUACGUGGAACAUCGCCCUUUGAUGUAGAAGAACUCAUGAGCAUGGACAUUGCAAACCCCGACAAGGCUGCCGCCUCCGUCCUCGAGGAGCUCUAA